AUGUUUGCUAGGUUUGCCUCUGCCUUUACUAGAAGGUCACAGCAAUGCCCUCUAUGGAUUAACUCGACCUUGCUGAGAAAUUUUACUACGUCUCAGAAUGCGCUUUCAUCUGGACCCUCAUUCAAGUAUAUACUCAAGCACAACAACCUUUCGGACGCUGAAAAGUCUAAAAUUGAGCAAGAAGCCAAGGAUGCCUAUGUAGACUGGCUUCCAUUUGGAAUGAACUCCUAUGACAAAAUCGAUGAUACUGCAAACUAUAAAACGACUACCUUCAUUUUGAUAGUUUGUUUUACAUUUGGACUUUACUUUACUUUCUGGUAUCGUCCUCGCGGCAUCGAAGCUGAUUGGGCCAGACGUGAGGCUUUCCUCGAACUUGAGAGAAGACGUAAACUUGGUCUUCCCCUUGUGGAUCCGGAUUUGAUUCCUAGAGAGCGAGUGAAGUUGCCAUCUAAGGAGGAAUUGGGAGAUGAUUUCAAAAUAAUCAUAUAA